AGGAAAAGAGGCCAGUGUUCUGGGAUCCCACCUGUCACCCACAGAUGCGAUCGCAGAGGAGUGCACAAUUUAAGACCGACAAACUGGACAUGGUGUCACUGUCUUCCUACGUUGUCGGUGAUGGACGCCUUUAGCCUCAAGAUCUCCUGCCUGGUUCCUCUGGUCCUUCUUCCCAUUCUCUCGCUGGCCAGAGUGACCACAUUUGACCAGUGCGACCAGUUCUUUCUGAACGGAUUGAGCCCCACUGUCCUGAGGGAUCCCAGCAACAGCGGCCGCUACCAGCAGAUAUGCCAGUGCCUCGUCGACCAGAACGGGAAGCCGCAGUACUUUUACGCCACCCUGUAUGACACUCAGAACAAGAUGCCCGUCUAUUCUGCUUAUAUUCUCAGCCACGUCAAUAUGGACAGGGACGAUCGCUGGUAUGUUGAGCCACAGAUUGACGGUGGCAAGUUUGAGUGUAUGGGAGGGCAAAACCAGAUCCCCAUAGCCAACCGAGGCCAGAGGCAGGCUCUGAACAGAGACUAUGACGGCUCUGGCUAUGACAAAGGCCACCUGUUCCCGGUGUACCACACGUCCACCAAAUACGCCAUGCUGGCGACCUCCACCCUGACCAACGCUGCCCCACAGGACCCCACCUUCAACAGGGGCAGGUGGAGGGUCCACGAGGAAGGGCUGGUGGAGCUGGCUAAGGACUGCCUGCAAGCCUUCACAGUCACUGGAGUCGUGCCUGGGAACAGCCAGAUCGGGGAUGGAGUGAGGGUGGCCAAGCACUACUGGAGCGCCCUCUGCUGUGUGAAAAAGGAAGGGCGUCUCUCUCAAGCGUUCAUAGGACCAGAUAAUAACGGGAAGGUUCAGGGGUUAAGUGUGAAGGACUUGGAGACACGGCUGAGUGGACCCGACCAUUUGAACACUGUUUUUUCUGUAUUCAGGGGUGGAUGUUGAUCACAACAAGAUCAUAGCUUUGUCUUGACUUGAGGUGCGUGUUGUAUUUCUACAAUAAAUGAGACAUAUUGUUUUGAUGUCCACUUUUUGUUUCUAAAACAGAUAUUUUCAUUCCUUGGUUUUGAUUGGCUCAGCUGAAUGGUCAAUCGAUAUAGUAAAACCCAGUGCAAACUAUCAGCGGUGCUCCACUUCACGUUGUGCCUACCAACACCACUUAGCUGUUCUAAAAUCACUGGAAUCAAUCUGCAGUCUCUUGGGGCUUGUUGCCUAAAUGUUUUGAUCAUCUCUUGUGAAAUGCUUCCCCAUAAACAGGCAACCAGUGACCAAGCAUGCUUUAAUGAUUAACUACAGUAGGAAAAAGGAACGAGAUAGUAACCAGCUUACAUCAACUGACAUCAACUUUACUGUUUGUGACACCCUGAGACUAAAAUAUGCUCUUAAAUCCUCUUUCUUAUCCAGUU